UCCUCUCACAUCACAUUCUUUCUUCUCUUGUUCUCUCCGCCUCCCACUAUUUUCUCUCACCUCAUCUCCCUCUCGUUCUUUGGCCUCUUUCACUUUCUCAUCUCCACUUAAUCUCUUCCCCUCAUAUGUUCUUUACUUAAUACUCGUGUUUUUCUUCUUGAAUAAGCAACAAGGUAUUCAAACCAACAUAAUACAUAUUGAAAACAAAGACAAGCAAGCAAGGACAGGUUACUCACCAUCGCAACUCCCAGUUAUGAAGAAAUCAGCACAAGGAACUGCGACUCGGCCGAUGUAUAUAACUACAUGCUCAAACAAAAACACUCACAAUGUAAUUCUCCCGGCCACCAAAUAAACCACUACCUACUUCUGACCAUCAAAUUAAAUAACAAUCGUCCAUCCAAAAUUCAGGCAACAUAACCCAAUUCACAUAAUUUUUUUAACCAAUUAGUAUACUUUGCACAUUAAAUUACAUGGAAAUACACUUGGGAAAAAAUAAUAAAUUUACACCACAACCAUCUUUCCUCAGCAAAAAUACCCAUUUUAAUUGAAUUCUAAACCAUCCCAAAAUCCCAAUAUUCCAACCAAAAAAAGCCUGAAACCCAAUCAGUUAUUCUUUAAAAAAAAAAAAAAGGGAAGAACAAAAACCCUAAAACCAAAAAUAGGAGAGAGAAAGAGACGAAUUACAUAUUGGCUCAGGGGAGAGAAUCGAGGUGUAUACCCGUAUUUUCGAUGGAUGGUUCGAUGCGACGUUUGAUGCUUGGUGCGGAAGACCGUAGCAGCAAAGGACGUGCAAUCAACACGGGAGACCGCGCGCGCUGCAGAUUCGCGCAUGCAGCAGGUCAGCGCAGCGCGCUGGGGCGGUGCCUGGCGCGGGGCUGAGCUAUAAAAGCUCCCCUUGCCGUGCCAUUUUUGAGGCACAUAUUCUUGAUUUCUUGCUUCUUUUCUCUCAAAGGUCGAUUAGCUUCUCCCCUUGGUCUUGUUCUUGCCUUGUCCAUUAUGCCUCGUCACACUCGGAGAAAGCUCGCUGAAUCAUCUGUGGUUCGAGCUGCUGAGGAAGACGCUUCGGAUGACGAAGGGGCUGCAAUAAAUGCGCCAGGUGGGGGUAUGGUUCCCUGAGAUGCGUCUGCUUUCCCUGGUGUUGGUUGGACCCCUUCCGACCUGGUGUUUUGGCCGGAUUGGCACUUGUCUCAGCGGCCUCGCGCUCGCAUGGUGAGUCUUGUACUGUGUUUUGAAUUUGUACUUUGUAGUUGUAUAGGUCUUGAGCUAACUCAUUCACCUGUAGGCCGAUGGAAAGCCGUUCCGUACUUACUGGUCCUUGGUGGAGGUUCAGAGGGCCUUUAAAGCUCUUCGUGCUGACGCAGAGGCUAUGGAGAUUUGGUCGCAGAUGGGCCUGGCCGAUUUCUGGCGCACCAUGGGAGGUUCCCCGAGGAGAACGAGGAUUAAAACCGUUUGUGGGCUUUGUUAGAGCGGUGGUGGGAUACCACCAACACUUUCCACAUAGCAUGGGGAGAGAUCACUGUUACCCCUCUUGAGUUUGCUAUGAUUACAGGUCUUCCUUUUUCUGAGAGGAAUGUGACCUUUGAUUCUGAGCUGACGUGGCGCUCGGCCAUUGCCAGGGACUUGCUCGGCCCUGUUGUUGAUUUGUCAAAGGACGACUUCCACGCUUCUGUGACGGUGCUUGUGGAUGCUAUCUGUGGUGAGGGUGUGUCCGUGGAGCAGAGGGUUAGGCUCUUCCUCCUUGUCUUGGUUAGCAGAGUGGUUGCCCCGAGUAGGAAAAAUCGGGUGCAUAUUAGCUUCUUGUCCGCUCUGAGGGACUUGAGAGCUGUCUCGAGUUAUAACUGGGGUGGUUUGGCAUAUAGCCACCUCUUGUAUGAAAUGGGGCGGGCCUCCCGGACUGCACUGGGGAGUGACCCGAGCAUGGCUGCUCUGUGGAGCGUGCUGGAGAUUUGGAUCUAUGAGCACUUUCCGACUUUGGCGCCGGAGCGUACUAGAGAUGCGGCUUACCCGUAUGCUGCCUCUUGGAUAGGAGCGGUGCGCGUGGGUGCGUCCCUGACGGCUUCUCGCAGAGCUUGGAGAGUUUUACCUGCUGAUAGGGUGGUAUGGCGUCCUUUUGCCAACGCGGUUGUACCUACCUCAGCUGCUCGUGCCCAUUUCCUGUAUGCGUGGCGGGUUUUGCUUCCAGGGGUGUACCGCCAUAUGUGGUAUCUAAGGGAGCGGGUGUCCCUUCAACGUCAUCCGGGGGAUAGGCUUGUCCCCAAGGAUCCACCGGAGUCCACGCUGGCUCUAGAUGAAGAUCUUGCCCGGCUCUACGCGGAGGCUAGGGGCGAUGCGGUUUUCCGCUCUUGGAGGGAGUUUGUGCACAAGAAGGGUAGCUAUGAUGACUUCUUGAGGAGGUUGGCUCCACCAGUACGCUUCGUACUGCCGGAGGAGGAGGUUGAUCCUGAGGAUACUCCUCAUGCUGAUAGGAUCCUCCGCUAUGAGAACUCGGACGGGGAAGAGGCGGUGGAGACCAUCCCUUGGUCUUCUUCUCCGCACCGGAAAUCAUAUGAUGCUGUACCUGAGCAUUACGCCCCUGCGCCUCGGGUGAGAGUGCGUCGCUAGAUGCUCUUGCUUGAUUCUUGGAAGAGGCAGUGUGCGAAACUGACCCGGAAGCUUGCUGGCCAGAACAGAGAGGAACGCCAUCGAGACCGUGGAGGUUCCUUUGAAAGAGAGCCCCAGGUGGAGACGUCCUUGAGGCAGGAAGGACCGAGUUUGGAGCUGGGACAGGGGUCCGGUGCUAGUGCUCAUCAGUGGCAUUCUGAUGCUGAGCGGGGAGCUUCCCUUUUUGCACAUGUUGAUCCCACCAGACAUUCAUUUGGGGGUGUUGGCAGUUCGAGGCCCUUUGUUCCUCCUCCCGGUUGCUACUUCGGAGGGAGUGGUCCUCAGCCUUGGGGUGCCGAUUCAUGGGCUUACUGGUCGGAGAUGGAUAGGAUGCGCUAGGCUCAGAUGUUCGGGCCAUACCAGUACAUGGCGAUGCCGCCGCCUUAUCAAUAUUCUUCUCCUCAGCAGGGAGUCCAUCCCUCUCCCGGCACACUUCGUAUCUCGGAGCAGGAUCCUAGUACCCCUGGGACGGAGUUGGAUCAAGAGCUGGAGCGUCUUAGGGACAAGGCGCCUGUGAUUGAGUUCGCUGUAGAUGAUGAUUCAGACUGACCCUGCAUGGUAGCGAGUUCCAGCUUGCCUGGGUUGAUUUUGUAUAGGCUGGGUUGUUUUGUAUGGAUUGAAAACUUGAAAUUUUUUGUAUGGUUGUAUUGGCUUUGAACUUGAAUCGGCUUGAAAUUUUUUGAAGAUUGGGAUUUGUAUGUUUGAAUAUUUGGAAUUGUA